AUGGAAUCAAUGGACUUUGACUGGUUAAAUGACGAUAAUGAUAUUAUUGACUCUCUAGUUCGCAUUGCCUCUUUACCAGAACAAAACAAUCAACCCACUAUACCACCAAAUAACAGCAAUGUAGGUGUUGAUAUCCUUCAAUACCUCUUACAACAAGACAACACAAUGCAACACAGCACGUUUGACCCCACGAUGAAUAACGAACAGCUUUUUCAACAAAUACCACAGCAACAAGGACCGAAAAAAUUGAGUCCAGAACAAGUCAAUCAGGUGGCUGAAAAGCUCGGAAAAAUCGAUGCCAGUAAGACAAACGGGCCGAUUCCCAAACUUUCAGAAGAGGAAAUCAGCGCCGUUUUUCAGCAGCCAAUUUCGAUUGUACAAGGCAAAGAUAAUUUCGUGACUUUUACGCCUGCCUCAGAGAAAAACAAGGAUAGUAAAAAGAAAUUACCGUCUACUAAAAAAGUCAAGCACAGAGAACCUAUUUUUGUAACUGAGUCACCUCAAAGUUUCAACAAAAAAAUGAAAAAGACGCCUAAUACUACCAAUAAUGUACAACCUACAAGCAGCGCUGAAGAAGUGUCUGAUGAAGAACCUGACGAAGAACUCUUCCCUAACACAAGUUCCUCCUCUUCUUCUAAUCUAAAGCAAAUGACAUCAAAAGAACGAAGACAACUUCGAAACAAGAUUUCUGCUCGCAACUUUAGAGUGAGAAGAAAGGAAUACAUUACUCAACUAGAAGAAAAGGUUGAGCAACAAGAAAAGACAAUUCAAGCACUAAAAGAAGAAAACACAAAACUUCGUAAAGCCAAUGAAGAUAUCAUGAAGCAAGUCUUGAAUCAACCCAUCACGCCGCCCUCUUCUUCUGGUGAUGAAUCAAAUGCAUCUUCUUCUGGCUCAGAAGGUCAUCAUUCGCCUGACGCUGUUCCCUCCAUGUUCCAAUUCCAACUCAACGACUUUUACGAUGUUAGCUUGUUUGACCAAUCGCCUCCACAACCUCAACAGCCUAUGUCUGAUUCAAUGAAUGCUUUCUUCCUCAAUCAUGCUGUCAUGCCUGACUGGGAUAUUCACCAAGUUCUUGGUGAAAAGGGCCGUCCUACUACAACGGAAGAAUACCAAAGAGAACUAUCCAAAGAACUUUUCGCUAACUACCCUCUUUUGGCUCCUGCUCUUAUGUCCAUUGUGCUUCGUCAUACACUUUCUUUAGAAUAUGUCAAUUCGAUUGCGAAGGAAUUCACCGAAAAUAUGGAACUCAAGCGUCAAUUAACUCGCGCUGAAGACGAAGAAACACUUCGUGGUAAUGACGAUUUGGAUGACCUAAAAGCCGGCAUGCAAUCACUCCACAUUGAAGACAUCAAGGGCAAACAACCCGUCAAAGACGAAAAAGAAGAACAAAAUGAACAAGAACUGACAGACGAAACGCUAAUGAAACUUAUGCUUCAAGAAUGCUUUAGCAACUAUAUCUUCCAACGUGCUCGUGGUAUAUCACACAACGCUAUUUUUGAACGAUUCAAACAAUGUGUAAACGACAGAGAACACAAAUGCGGCCAUAAGCUAUUUGACAAAGGUUUGAAGUUACAACAAGAAAGCGCCCUCAACAAGAAGCAAUUAAGUGUCUCUAAGAAAUCCCGCAAUUCUUCUAGUCCUUCUAGUCUCCAAACUCUACAAACGUAUUGUCGCGUGGCUGGAUCACUCUUGAGACAACCUCAGCGUAUGACCCGUGUGGGUCAAGUCUUGAAAGAACAAAUAUCAUUCCAACAGAACAAACAUAUUUCGCAUAUUGAAAGAAAUUUCAAAAAAAUGGUUAAUCCACCACCCAAGAACUUACGCAUUGCCAACAUCUAA